CAAAGCACACGCAGACCAGCCCUGCCAGCAGCACCCUCCCUCCCCGCUCCUCCCAGGAACGCCCUGCACAUCUCCAACACAUCCAGGAAUCCAGAGCUGGGCUGUAGCAGCAGCUCCCUGGAUCCCAGUGCCGGCGCUGCGGGGAGCUUCGGUUACUGCAUUUCGAGCGUUGAGACUAUCUCCAGCCUCCAGCCAGCCGGUCUUCGGGAGCCCAAAGGGGUGAUAACUUGAGCGGAGUGAUUUUAGAGAAAGUGGUGGCCAAUUCGAAUUUCUUCCUGGCCCUUCUGGAAGCCAGGGAAACCCCUUGCGAAAAGGAAACAUGUUCCAAACAGCUCCCGACAGGAGGAGAACUUAGCCACUCAGCUUAGUUGGCCAAAUAUUUACAAAGAGAUAGCUGUGACCACACAAAGCCCUAUUCUUCUAUUUCGAGGCCGAAAAUCUGGUCCCCGCGUGGAGACCGAGCUCCCCGCCACCCCUCUCCUGGGGACCCCGCUCGGUCCUGCCGGCCUCGGGCCGGGGCCCAGGGACAGCGUGGCUCCCGGCCCCGCCACCAUGGCCAUCGGGGUCCGCCUCACGGCCGCGCCACCUGAGAGCCCCCCAGCCAGUGGUGCAAGGCUGGGAAGAACAAAGGAGCAGGACUCACCCCAGCAGCGGAACGUCGGGCUGCGCUGGACGCGCGGAGAGCCGCGGCCCGCCCACCGGGUCACAUGGCUCAGAGCCGAGCAGAGGAUCAAAGGGGCUUUGUGGCCGCGGAACAAGGAGCCUCCCAGAGCGCAGGGCAGAGGUGCUCCCCCACCUACCUGCUCAGACAUCGCCACAGCUGGGCUCUCAGGGAGCAUGGCCAGCCACCCCCGAAAGCCAUUCAGACCUGCAGCCAGGGCUGGAACACAGCCACCUACGUUUGUCCCCUCUACCCCAGGUGCUUGUUGGCUGGGACCAUGGAAGGGAGGAGCAGGAGAGGAGGGGCAGGGGAUGGGGGCGCAGCUCACCCUGAGCUCUUCCGAGGGCCUCUGGAUUCAGAUCCGAUCCAGCUCCUGCCUCUCCAGCCUCUCCAGCCCCUGGGGGACCUGGCCAAUGAGUCAGUCUCUUCCUCGCCCCCUCCCUGCAGGCCUGGGAUGUGUUGGGACCCAGAGGGGCACAAGCAAGGGGGUCCCCAGAGGAGGGAGCUGACACUAUAGGGGCUGGGCCUGGACGCUGGGAUCUGCCAGACCCAUCUCAGUGCCACGACCUCUGAACCCAAGUGAGUCACUCCCAGCAGGGGCGUGGCCACUCCCACACUAGGAGAGAGCGCCUGGGAGUGAGCUGGUUCCGAGGGCUUGCUGGGGGCUGGGAGGGAUUCACUCAAGUGGAAAGAAGACUUUGGUGACACCUUCUGAGGGCCAGGGGCUGAAUUCUGGAAGCUACGCCCUCAGGUAGCCUCUACGGGACCUCGUGUUGAGUGUUGACUGGGCCCCACACACUCUCACCUUUCCCAUCCCACACCCCCACACGUGGCUGGGGGUGACUGAAGCCCCGGGGCACCUGCCACACUGGCCACACAGGCCAGCCACGUCCGGCGGCUCCCCAGCCAGCAGUCACUGGCGUCUGACCCGCCGCUUCCCACUCCUCAUGGCCAACUUUCCCCCUAAGGCCUCCUGGUCCCACGGCCCUCCCCACCCUCACAGUGAAUGGCCGUGGGGAGCUGCUGCCACUGGUCUCCGGGCGCCAGGCCAGAGCUGGAGGAGUGUCUGGGAGACAACUGCAUGCCCGGAGUCCCUGUUCCCAUCUGAAUGGGAGGGAGGCUGGUGGCAGAUCAGAGACGUGGAUUCUGAGUCAAACACUGAAAUCGAAGGCCCUGGGCCUGUCACUCAGUAUCUGUGGAAUCUGACCUUCCCCAUCCAUAAAAUGGGCACCACCAACACCAAUCGCCAAAAUUACAGCAAGACACACACGUCUAGGCCAGGAAGUGCGGUCACUCAGAAAACACAGCUCCCCCUUCCUCCAAGAAGCUGAUUUCCCCAGCACUGGGAGUGAGAAGAGCCUGUCUUUUCCACUGCCUGCAGCCCAGCCCAGGGCACCCUCGUCACUUGCCCCUAAAGGGCAGCUCCAGAAACCACUGACAAAGGAUGCCAGAAGGAACUCCUUUCUGGCCAGGUGUCGGGGUCAACAGAAAGCCUCGAGGAUGCAGCUUCCACCACGCCCCUGCCCUGUUGGCCUCCUCCCUCCCUGUGGGCAGAACCUUUCUUCCUUGGCCCUCCUCUCCGAACCUCCUUCUCUGCCUCUGGCCUCAAUCUGUCCCCCAGCUUUCUGGCCCCCCAGGCUUUUCCCAGAGCCCAUGACCCUGCUCUCCUCCAAGCCCAGCCUCCUCCCCUCCUCUGCCUCUGGAUUCCUGAGCUGGGAGGCCAGCAGCUGGGGUGCUUUGCUGAGGUGACCGCUCCUCUUGCAGUGGUUCCUCUUGCUGUCACCAAAUCAGGGACUCCAGAGCACAGAGAGGGCAUCUCUGGCCUGGGGCUGCAUCCCCCACACAAAGCCUCUGUCUGUCAGCACUUCUCAAAGUUCUCUACCGCUCGGGACACACUCAGCAUUCAGGUAAAGUAGCCCCAAAGCCUUCUCGGCUGCCCCUCGGUCCAACCCUCCAGCAGAAACGGCACAUGGGCCACAGACACCAUUUUACAUUUUCCAGCAGCUACAAUAAAAAAUGUAAGAACAAGCCAGGCACGGUGGCUCAUGCCUGUAAUGCCAGCACUUUGGGAGGCUGAGGCGGGCAGACCACCUGAGGUCAGGAGUUCAAAACCAGCCUGGCCAACAUGGCAAAACCGUGUCUCUACUAAAAAUACAAAAAUUAGCCAGGCGUGGUAGCAGCCACCUAUAAUCCCAGCUACUUGGGAGGCUGAGGCAGAAGAAUCGCUCGAACCCGGGAGGCGAAGGUUGCAGUGAGCCGAGAUCGUGCCACUGCACUCCAGCCUGGGCAACAGUGUGAGACCGCGUAUUUAAAAAAAAAAAAAAAAAAAGAAAAGAAAAGAAAAAAGAAAUCAUUAAAAAAAAACGUAAGAACAGGUGAUAUUAAUUUUAAUAUCAUUCACUUAACAGAGCCCAAAAUAUUAUCAACUCAACAUGUAAUCAAUGUAAAAAUGACAGAUAUUUGACAUUCUUUUCUUUCCCCCUUGCUAGGACUCUGAAACCCAGAAUGCACACGGCACCUCUCCAUUUGGAGUCACCACAUUUCAAGUGUUCAAUGGCCCCGUGCAGCCAGCGGCUAUCAUGCUGGACAGUGCAGCUCGGAGAGUCUCGAUUUUUUUUUUUUUGGUUGCGGGGGAACAGAGUCUUGCUCUGUCGCCCAGGCUGGAGUGCAAUGGCGUGAUCUUGGCUCACUGCAACCUCCGUCUCCUGAGUUCAAGCAAUUCUCCUGCCUCAGCCUCCCAAGUAGCUGGGACUACAGGUGCACACCACCAUGUCCGGCUACUUUUUGUAUUUUUAGUAGAGAUGGGGUUUCACCAUGUUGGCCAGGCUGGUCUCAAACUGCUGACCUCAAUUGAUCCGCCCGCCUCGGACUCCUGAAGUGCUGAGAUUACGGGCAUGAGCCACCUCACCCAUCCUCAGAUAGUCUCAAUUUGAUCCUACGAUAAUACCAGGUCAUCAGAGAGCUGUUGAUUUGGACCAUAUUAUGAUUUGAGCCUCCCAGAUCAUUCUCGGCACCAUGUCUACAAGCCACAUUUAGAGGACAAUAGGACACACCUUGGUGAAACACACAGCGGCAUCUCCCAUGAGACACUGGUGAGGCCACAGAUCCCACCAUCAGUGUCACCUGCCUGGGGACAUUUUGCUGUCAGAAAAUGCAGAGCUUCUCCUAAGAAAUCAAUGUGGCCAGGUGUGUUGGCUCACACCUGUCAUCCCAGCACUUUGGGAGGCCAAGGCGAGCAGAUUGCCUGAGGUCAGGAGUUCAAGACCAGCCUGACCAACAUGGUGACACCCCGUCACUACUAAAAAUACAAAAAUUAGCCAGGCGUGGUGGUGUGCGCCUGUAGUCCCAGCCACUCAGGAGGUUGAGGCAGGAGAAUCACUUGAACCCGGGAGGAGGAGGUUGCGGUGAGCUGAGAUCAUGCCACUGCACUCCAGCCUGGGCAACAGAGCGAGACUUCGUCUCAAAAAACAAAAAAAGAAAUGAAUGUUUUAGGCACAUGCUAAGUAUCUCUUAGACGAUUCCAAAGAUAUCAAUUACUGUGACUGCCGACGACUCUUCCCCUUCCCUGGGUGUGCCUGUCCUGCUUCCCUAGCUCACAGGUGCUCAGGCUGGGACGCACCCCUGACUCAAAGGCAGCCUGCCACAGGCCAUGGCAUCUGGGGCUGGCUCAAAAGGGAGAGUGAGGCCAUUGGAAUUUUCCCAGGAGUAAGUCUGAAGCUUGGAAUGUUUUUUGGUGGAGGGUCCUGAAGCUAGAAGGCGAUGCAGAUGUGGGGGCUGAGACAUUAUUUGGGGCCAUUUGCAAAGAGGAAUAGUCAGGCAGUGACCCCAAGGAAGGAGCGAGGGGAGGAGAGGACGGCACAUCCACGCCCCUUCAACUCCUGCCCUUCCAGAGGCCUAGGUAUUCCACAUGCCGGCCUCCCCACAUGGAUAUCCUUCCAAUAAGCAACUCAUCGUGCUCAUGUUUAUUUAUUUUAAAGUCACACGGAAUUGCAUUUAUUAAAAACGAAUUUAUGGAGACAGAAAGCAUUCUGGUGGCUGCCAAGGGCUGGAGAGGGCGGAUGGGGAGUGAGUCCUUCAUGGAUAUGGGGUUUCCCUUUGGGGUGAUGAAAAAGUUCUGGCACUAGACAGUGGUGAUGGUUGCACAACACUGUGAAUGUACUCAAUGUUACUAAUGGCAAAUUUUAUGUUCUGUGCAUUUUAGCACAAUAAAAAAAUAUACAUUUAAAACAACAGAA